ACGAAUGUAGUUAUUUUGACUACUUUAAAAGACUUAGACAAUGCAUUUUUUGUUGAACAUUUAAAUUUUAAAGAAAUCAAUUCUGUAUCAGAUAAUGAUAAUAAUGAGGAGAUUCUUGAUGACAUUAAUUUAGAUAAAUUAAAUAAAUUUAAAUUUAUAAAAGUUUCUGAUAAUUAUAUUAAGGAUGAAAUUUUUGAUAAUUUGAAAUUAACUAUUAAAAAGCUUUUUGAAAAAAAAAAUAUUCAUAUUCUAAACAAACCUGUUUCGAUCAAAUUAGUUAUAAAUAUUCAAUUUAUGUCCUCAAAGUCAGAUUUGUGCAAAACUUGUGAGAUGAUAAAAAUGGAUAUUCAAUAUGCUAUGUCAUAUAAAAAAAAAUUAGAACUUACUAAAAAUUAUUUGGCACAUUUAAGUUAUACACAAAAAAAACAUGAUUACUAUAAUAAUAAUAUUGUAAAUGCAAUUGAAGAUAACAAGCAUAAUCAAAUUACAGUUGAAUCUCAU